UUAACCAACUUUACCUUGAGAUCUCUUCUCACAACAAUUCUAGAUCCAAAUCCUGAUCACCAUGGGAGAAGAAGCAAAAGAAGCUACUCACAUUGUCAUUCUACCCUCACCAGGGAUGGGUCACCUCAUCCCAAUGGCUGAGUUUGCAAAGCGACUUGUUCUCAAUCACCACUUCUCAGUUACCUUUACUAUCCCAUGUGAUGGUCCUCUCCCCAAAGCCCAAAAAAAAGUCAUUGAUUCCCUUCCCAAAAUCAUAAAUUCUGUGAUACUCCCACCUGUUAAUCUUAAUGACCUAUCUUCAGAUGUACCUCACGAAGUCCAUAUUUGUCACAUCAAUACUCGUUCUCUUCCCUCCCUUCGUGAGGUACUUAAGGACUCGAGUACCACUUCUCGUGUCUCUGCCUUAGUUGUUGAUCUCUUUGGUAUUGAUGCAUUCAAAGUCGCCAAGGAAUUCAAGAUUUUGUCUUACCUCUUCUUUCCUUCUACAGCUAUGUCGUUGUGGAUGUUCUUACAAAUGCCAAAGCUAGAUGAGAUGUACUCUUGUGAGUAUAGAGACCUACCCGAACCGGUUAAAUUGCCCGGGUGUGUACCGGUUCAUGGAAGUGAUUUGUUAGACCCAGUUCAGGAUCGAACGAGUGAGGUUUAUUCAUUUAUUCUUAAUCUCUGUAGACGUGUUGUGGUGGCUGAUGGUAUUUUAUUGAAUAGCUUCAUGGAUUUGGAACCGGGUGCAAUCCAGGCUUUUACGGAAGGUGGAGAGUUGUGCUCAUUGCAGAUCUACCCGGUUGGACCACUCAUAAGGACCGGUUCAGGAGAUGAGAGCGAUCCAAAUGAAUGCCUCAAGUGGUUGGAUGGUCAACCAGAUGGGUCUGUUCUGUUUGUUUCAUUUGGAAGUGGAGGAGUUUUGUCACCAGAGCAGCUGAAUGAAUUGGCCUUUGGAUUGGAGCAAAGUGAACAAAGAUUUCUAUGGGUUACUAGAAGCCCAUCUAGUAAAUCUGUGACUGCCAACUUCUUUAAUUCCCAAAGCAUUGAGGAUCCAUUUUCACACCUACCACAAGGGUUCUUGGAGAGGACCAAAGGAAGAGGGCUUGUGGUGCCAUCAUGGGCUCCUCAGAUCCAAGUGCUAAAUCAUGGCUCGACUGGAGGGUUCUUGACUCAUUGUGGGUGGAACUCAACUUUGGAGAGCAUUGUCCAUGGUGUGCCCUUGAUUGCUUGGCCACUCUUUGCAGAGCAAAGGAUGAAUGCAGUAUUGCUAGUGGAGGGCAUGAAGGUGGCACUGAGGCCCAAAGAGAGAGAAGAUGGAAUUAUUGGGAGAGAAGAGAUUGCAAAGGUGGUGAGGAGUCUAAUGGAAGGAGAAGAAGGGCAGAGGGUAAGAAGCAGGAUGAGGGAGCUCAAGGAUGCAGCAGCCAGAGUGUUAAGUGAAGAAGGGUCUUCAACACAGUCACUCUCUGAGGUGGCACAGAAAUGGAGGACCCAUUAGCCAUUAUAGUAUUUUGGGCCCAUGUUUCUCUUCACUAUGGUGAAAAUAGAU